ACGAUAUGUUUAGAUUGUCAGCGUUGAUUGUUUGUUUGAAGCUUGUCAAUACAGAGUGUCCGGUUGAAACUAUAGAACGCAUCAGGGACUUUUGGGGAGACGAGCCUCCAAAAAAUGUACUCAAGAGUAAUGUGGGGAUGGUGACAUAUGUUUGGAUGAGUGGGGGAUUCAUAAAAGACAAACUGAAUGACGAUCUUUACUGUUUUGCAACGAAUUUGGACAGAGACGAAACAUCAUCUACAGAUAUACUGAUGUUUACUAACAGGUCAGCGGAAGAAGUAAGCUAUUUCCAAACAGAGGAUAAUGGUGUGAUUACAUUAUAUUCCCAUGGGGAGGCGGAUGACACACAGUACAUUAUAUCACAGAAGAAUAACGUCACGGCGUUCUGGCAAUGCAAGGUAUCCAACAUAGACAAGUACGAGCCUUACGUCGGCAUAUCUGUGAAAGUUUCCGAUCUACACUCACAUACCGCUGAGGAAGCUGUCAUUGAAGCCAUUGACACAUUGGCUAAUCUAGGCUUCAAAACUGGAACUGCUCUGCCCCCCUGUCAAAGGGAAGACUUCAAAAUAUUUUUGUAA